AUGGAUUUGAUCCGGAUCUUUCAAUCUACUGGAAAAAUUUGGCGAUUCUUUGAACAUUUAAGCAAAACAUCGAGAGGAAAAAUUAAGGUUGGAGCGUUACGGUUCACAUUUGUAUCUCGUCCAUCGGAUUUGGAAGAUUUUCAAAUUCAUUCAGUGCUGCAGUAUAUUAAGCCAAAAGUCCUGUGGCAAUUCAAUUUGCGAGUUUGGCAAACAGAUCGAGAAGGAUAUUCUAGUACGUAUAAAAUCCCAGAAUCGGUCUUCAACUCUGAGCAAUGGCAACGAGCUACUGUGUUGUACGUUGAUAAAAAUAUCAUUAAUCAAUGGAAACAAUAUCGUCGUUUUUCGGGGGUCAGUGUUGAGAGGCCAUUUGAGAUGCAGGAUUAUGUGCAGAUCAUUAAUAGUCUCUGGAGGACGAUCGGGCGGAUCAGAAGCAUUGGAAGAAUCUAA